UCAAGCAAUGGGAGACUUUUAUGACCCGUCCUUUGCAGAAGAAAAUACUUCUAUUCAUAAUAAGAAUACUUCUGGUUGGUCGGAAACACUUCGUCACUUUGGAGUGGAAGCAAAGAGAGCAGCAGAAAGGACUAAACAAUCCAUUCUCCACAAGAUGGGAAGAAUUGAAACAACCAAGAAUGCUCAGUUGGACAACGCCUUAGAGAAGUAUACUCAAAUGGGUGCAGCUCUUGACCGCCUUCGUAGAGAUGCUCAAAGUGCUUUGGAUUCCUUACAAAAUUGUUGUUCUUCCCAGUCCAAUUUUGCACAUUCUUUGGAGGCAGCAGUCCGUUUAUGUACUUAUGACGAAGCCAAGGAAAACGAUAACUUGGAGGCCGUGAGUACCCUUUUAUUGGGAGGUCAAGUCACACUGCUAGAUGGUGUGCUUUACGAAUCCCAGAAGAAGUUUCGAGCAUGUAUAUUUAAGUUUCUAGAUGAAGAAAAGUUAAGAGAAAAGGAUGUACAAUCACGUCUGGAAGCAAGAAAGAAGAUUGUAGCAGACUAUGAGCGUUAUCGUUCGAGAUUGGAAUCCGAGACCAGUGGUUCAAGUCAAGAAACCUUGAGAAAGUUGAAUAACAAGAAGCAGGAACUGGAUGCCAUCACAAGAGGAUUAGAGGAUACUCUCGAAACAGCUAUUCCUCGAAGGAGACUGCUUGUUGAACAUGUUAUUACGGAGUUCCUUGAAAUAUCCCAGAAAUUCUAUCAUGAGGCUUCUCGUGUUUUCGAUCAGAUUGCAGAUGGCGCCAACACCGAAAAGUUAGCCUCAUUAAAAGUCUCUAGUGACAUAGAUGAGACUAGAGGGAGUAAUUCGUCCCAAAAAAGAGUGUCUGAAGAAAGGUCAAGAAGUAUAUCACAGGGUUCAGGUUCAAAUAUUGCGGAAGAACCAUCUGAGGAUAAGUAUUCUAAAGGAAGUUCAAGCAGAAGGCGUCCUCCCAGUCCUCCUCUUGUGUUUCCUGGUGCAAAUGCUGGAGUACAUGAAAGCUUGGUAGAGGAAGAUUCUUCUUCUUCAUCAUCAGAGGAAGAUAUACGUAAGGAACAAAAGAUAAAAGAACCAACGAGGUCAACUUCAGGACAUAUUUGGGGCAUUCAUGGUGAAAAGGAAGCGAAUCUUUUUGGAAGUGAUGAAGAAGAGGAAAGAGUUGGUAGUCGUGAAAGCGCAUUUUCGUUUAAGGCAGCAGAGAAUGACCAGUCAAAGAGUAAUCAAAAGUUUUUUGAGACAACUUCGGAAGAAAGUCGGUCGAAUAGGCAACGUAGCUCAUCAUUUCAAGCGGAUUCACCUACUACGAAGGAAGAUUCACUGUUUGAAGAAAAAGAAAGAGAGUUGGACCAAGAUACUUCAUCAGAUGACGACGAUGCAUUAUCACACCCUGCUUCUAGAUCCCGCAGUUUUGAUGAUCUACUGGGUGAAAGUCGUCGUAAUGAGACUUUGGAGGAAGGAGAUCUAUUGGGGGAUUUUGAUAAUACCAAUACUCAAGGAGAGAGAAACGAAACAAAGAAACCAAAUCCCUUUGACGACGAUCUUUUAUUCUCGAGCGGACCAGAGUUUUCGAAUGCCCAGUCUCAGUCAACGUCACAACCGGGGAGUGGUAUGUCCUUCAAUGCAAAGGAGAAUAUUGAUUUGGGUAGUGGAACAGAGUCAGAAGAGACCAUUCGUGCCCGUUUAGAACCUCGAGUGGAGGCCAAAAUCAAUCAAUGGACACUUCAUGGGACGAGAAAGACCAAUCUUCGUUUAUUGUUAAGUAUGCUUCAUACUGUUCUUUGGAGUGGAGCUCGUUGGAAGCCAGUUGAUUUUCAGAGUUUAUCCAAUCCUGAUAAAGUUAAAGCUGUGUAUAAAAAAGCGAUACUUAUUUUACAUCCCGACAAAUUCCAACAAAGUGGAUAUAGUGUCGAACAGAAAAUGAUUGCCGAACGUUGUUUUUCUAUUUUACGUGAGGCACAUGAUUAUUUUGAAGCCGAACUAAAAGGGAAACCUUUACCCAAUCCUGCCAAUGCUGCUGGUGCGAGUAAUGCUAGUCAAAUGUAUGCAAAUAGUCAACAAGGAGGUUAUUAUCCAACAGGUGGAAUGGGACGUGGUAGUGGUGUUUAUCCUGGACCUCCACCACCUCCUUAUGCAAACGGUGCAUAUUAUCAACCUCCUCAAGGAAAUAUGCCAUUUGGUGGAAUGCCAUCUCAUGGUCCACCUCCUCCUCCUCCGCCAGGUGGUGCAUAUGGAGCUCCUCCUCCUCCUCCACCACCUUAUGGUUGGGAUCCUCGAAUGGGUCAAAGGAGAUAUCCACCUUAUUAAUGGUAAUUAUGGAGCAUGAUUGUGUUAU